AUGAUACACGCUGAGACUCCACUGCCAGCUAUCGAACAGGCUUGAAUAAGACUCAGUGCGCCUUUCGUACAACUGGAUCCGGAUAAGCUCGCAAGCUGGCUCGCUCGCAACGUUUCGACCCACGGGCCGCCCCCAUUCCUCUGUCGGCAGCUGUCUCACGUCGCAAUGCCGCUCCCGACGAGUCGCAAAAAUGUCGGCCUUGGGAGAGCCAUCAUGAACCGCAAGGCUAAGGAAGCUCAGCAUGUUGGUUCAAGCCAGCAUCACACAACCGAUACUGGCGGGCACCAGCCCAGCUGGAUGAAGUUGCAAUCAGUGACACAGGAGGGAGACUUGGAGGAAUUCCUCAAUACCGCGCAGAUGGCAGACACAGAUUUCACAGCAGAGCGACGCAACGUCACAGUCAUCAGCGCGCAAGCUGGCCUGCAAAAUAAGCACAAUCCCUAUUUGCUCACCGGCGAAGAGGAGGAAGAGGUGCGGAAGAAGCACAAGCAGAAUCGGCAGAAGCUUCGGGUACCGAGAAGACCGAAGUGGAGCAGCGAGAGCACCAAAGACCAGCUUGACCGCACAGAGAAAGACUCUUUUCUCGAAUGGCGCAGAAGUUUAGCACAGCUGCAAGAAGGUAUGGGCUUCGUUCUGACCCCAUUUGAGCGCAAUCUUGAAGUGUGGAGGCAGCUCUGGAGGGUCAUAGAGCGCAGCGAUCUUCUUGUUCAAAUCGUAGAUGCGAGAAAUCCGUUGCGAUUUCGCUGCGAGGACCUGGAGCGCUACGUUCUGGAGAUGGAUGAUGAAGCGAAAAUGCAAGGCGAGGAAGACGUGGCUCCGGAGUUCCCAACUGCAACAAGGAAACGACGCAAUCUCUUACUCAUCAAUAAGGCAGAUCUUUUGAACGAAGGUCAGAGGCGGGCGUGGGCGACAUACUUUGAUGCGCAAGGUAUCACAUACGCCUUCUUCAGCGCCGCCAAUGCCGCUGCCAUCCAGGAGGCUAAUGAGGCAGCGUCAACAGAAGUUGAUUCUGUUGCGAAUGAUCUCAGUGGCGCAUCGCUGGGAGAGAGCGGGGCGUCCACAGACAGCUCGCGUAUCCUGACAGUCUGCGAGCUAGAGGCCCUUUUCGAGCGCUGUGCACCGCUUCCAGAUCAAAGAGCAUCUGCCAUCGGGCAUGCGGAGCAAGGAAAGUUAAUCGUUGGACUUGUUGGAUAUCCCAAUGUUGGCAAGUCUUCUACGAUCAAUGCCCUUAUCGGCGCCAAGAAAGUCUCAGUCAGCUCUACACCAGGCAAGACCAAGCAUUUCCAGACACUGCACCUCAGUCCGACUACCGUACUGUGCGACUGCCCUGGCCUCGUCUUCCCACAGUUCGCAACAACAGCAGCAGAGCUCGUUGUCGACGGGGUCCUGCCGAUUGACCAGCUGAGAGAAUACACAGGCCCCGCUCAGCUCGUAGCACAGAGAAUCCCAAAAGAUAUUGCGGAAGCGAUCUACGGCAUCAAAAUCCGUACAGGAGAGCUGAUAGCUGAUGAACAGUACACUGGCCUCGAGUUGCUCACGGCUUAUGCGAUUGCGCGCGGCUUUGCCCGACAAGGGCAAGGGAACCCUGAUGAGUCGCGUGCAGCGCGCUACGUGCUCAAGGACUACGUCAAUGCCCGUCUCCUUUACGCGAACCCGCCAGAAGGCGUUGACCCCGAUGAUUUCAAUGCUGCACAGAGGGAGAAGCUCCGGGAAGAGUUGGCAAAAAGGGGCAAAGGCGAGCAUUUCGAUUCCACAGUCUCGCAAGGCACACCGCAUGCUCGCGUCAAAGCCACCCCCAUUUCAGACGGUAUCGACGCGGCCUUCUUUUCUGCAAACAGCGAUCGACCUACUAUGCUAGGACGCAAAGGAGCGCCCGGCGCAUCUCUUCGAGGUCGCAUCGCAGCCGAUGGCCGAGAUGCUGGUAGUGUUGGCAACGACGAAGCCGCAGAGCUUCCCCGCUCGAAGAAACAUUUCAAGGCCAAACGCCAGAAGGGGAGAACGGUUUGGAACCCCUACGAAUGAAUUUUCAUACGUAUGUACCCUUCUCGAAAAGAUCCCAGUAAUGCAUUCUCCAUCGUGAGCCGCGAUAUGUCUACAGAUCGUCCAUGGGCUGGCACAAAGCCAAGAUGCAAACCUUGAAAUGCAAAAAGAAAUGUACGUCGGUCAGAACGAGUAGAUGUUAUCUUGGGUGGCGAGAGCGUAGUAGUGGCGGAU